AUGGGGCAGAGAGUGACGAUGAAGUUUGAUGUUCUUGCCACAGCAAGUUGCCAAGAGUUGGCUCCAUGCAGAAGGUCCAAGCGCCUAAGGUGCAAACCAACUAGGAAGAGGUCCAAACCAACUGGGAAGAGGGAUUUGGGUGGCAAGGAGAGUGAAGAUGAUGUAUUUGCAAAUAGCUCGAGCAGUUCCCAGGAUGACGCCGGGAAGUUAGCUUCUAGAAGAUCAAAGCGUCUCAGGGAGAGGCUUACAUCUGAUUAUUUUGAUGGUGAUGUGGGUGAAGACAGACACCCUGGGAAGAGCUCUGAUGAUUAUGAUGAAAAUUGUUCGGCUCCCCGCCGAGGAUCAAAACGCCUUCGGAACAGACUGGGCCCCAGAAAUAUUUCAUAUGCUGAUGAUGAUAGCGACACCGAUGAUAAUCGCAAGAAGAUUGUCCCAUGCAGGAGAACGUCAAAGCGCCUACAGGAGAAGCGGAAAGCUCAUGAUGUUUCAGAGGAGAGUUACACUGAAGCUUCGUCUUGCAUGUUGUCGACUUCUUCUUCAUCAGGUUCAGAUGAUGAAUUAUUGCACAAUUCUAUAAAACCUGGCAGACGUAAUUCGGGUGGACCUAGUUGUUCGAUCUGUAAGAUUGGAAUUGCCUGCUCUUUCCUCAUCAAAUGCAAGAAUUCCACUUGUUCUCGUAGCUUCCACACCUUUUGUCUUGAUCCUCCUUUGCAAGAGAUUAUAGGCACCUGGGAAUGUUCUUGGUGCAAAAGCAAUGCAGCACCAGCAGUCAAGGUGACAGAAGUGUUAACAUCAAAAAAAAUCCAAAGACUUGUUGGCCACAGACGAAUUCUUCAGGAGGCAGAUUUCCAGUAUCAAUUCCUCGUGAAAUGGCAAUCUCUUUCUCAUCAUCAUGACUGCUGGGUUCCGCUUGAAUGGCUUCAUGUAUCUGAUCCUUUACGAGUACAGAGCUAUCUAAACAAGAACUGCUUGCCUAAGGAAGUUUAUUCAGAGGAUCAAAGGAAGCUUGAGUGGUUUGAAGUAGAUCAUGCCAUUGCAUGUCGGAGGAAGUUCCAUCAUGAAGGUUUAUGUGAUGUCUUGGCUACUUUCCAGGAUAACCAAGAUUUCGACGGGUAUGAGUUCCUUGUGAAAUGGAAGGGCCUUGAUUACUGUGAAGCUACAUGGGAGCCAUGUUGUACCGAUGGUGUGCAACAGGCUGUUUCUAUGCUUGUCAGGAGGCAUAAAAAUGCUUCAAAAAGAGUUAACAUCAGCCAAACAUGUCUAGAUGGAUCAAAAAUAGAAGAGGUGCACUGUGGUGCUCUAUAUGACUAUCAACUUCAAGGUUUACAAUGGUUAAUAGAUAACUUCAAAACUAGGAGAAGCGUUAUUCUUGCUGAUGAAAUGGGUCUUGGGAAAACCGUUCAAGUUGUUUGCUUUCUGUACCACAUUAUUAAGGAAAGUUUGACUGCAUCCCCAGCAUUGAUCCUUGCUCCAAAGAGCAUCCUCCUGCAAUGGGAAAAGGAAUUUUGCCAGUGGGCUAGUGAUCUUAAUGUUAUUGUUUAUCAAGGAGACAGAGACUCUCGAAAGUGUAUCCAAGUCCAUGAAAUGUACUCUUCUGAUGGGAAACCUUUAUUUGAUGCUCUAGUGACGAGUUAUGAGUUUGUCCAAAUUGACAAGGCAGUUCUACAGAAAUUCAAGUGGUCUACAAUUGUCAUUGACGAGGCUCACAGAAUGAAGAAGCUUGACUGCAACCUUGCAGCUUGCCUAAAACGAUACUGCUCUGAAUUUCGGUUGCUCCUUACGGGAACACCGUUACAAAAUAACAUCAUGGAACUGUUUUCUUUGCUUCAUUAUAUUGAUCCGGAUGAGUUCUCUGAUCCAAAGGCUGAUGGAUUGUUCUCACCAAUUGAAUCUGGAAGGGAUUUGACAAUGGAUGAAAAAGUUGCUAGGAUUCACAAUAUUUUAAAGCCCAGGAUGUUGCGGAGAAUGAAAUCUGAUGUUCUAACAGAUUCUAUGCCAGUAAAGAAGUGGGUUGAAGUUCCAUGUGCACUUGCAGAUUCCCAGAGAGAACUUUACAUUAAUAUUUUAGAGAGGAAUUACUCAAAGCUUAACAGUGCCAUUCGGAAUGGCAGAAAACUUUCUCUGAACAACAUACUUAUGGAACUCAGAAAAUGCUGCAAUCAUCCAUAUCUAUUUCCAGGACUUGAAGUUGGACAGCAAGCAACUGAAGAUGUGUUUUUAUCACUUAUUGCUUCAUCAGGCAAACUUCAACUUCUUCAUAAGUUGCUCCCAAGAUUGAAAGAAAGGGGAAAUCGUGUACUGAUUUUCUCGCAGAUGACCAGGAUGCUUGACAUUCUUGAGGAUUUUCUUUGUUCCCUGGGAUACAAAUAUGCACGCAUCGAUGGGCAGACAUCACUCUCUGCUAGGCAGGAGAGCAUAGAAGAGUACAAAAACAUUGAUAGUGAAACAUUUAUUUUCUUGAUGUCAACUCGUGCUGGUGGCAUGGGAGUUGACCUGCCUGGUGCAGAUAGGGUAAUUAUAUACGAUCCUGACUUCAAUCCAUUUAUGGACUUGCAAGCACAAUCUCGGGCUCAUCGGAUCGGGCAGACAAGACCAGUGGUUGUUUACCAACUCAUUACAAAGUGUUCUGUCGAGGAAAAGAUACUGCAGAAGUCAAAGCAGAAGUUGGCCAUCGAAAAUAUGUUGAUGAACUCUUCCAAGAAGCCAAGUGCUGAUGAGUUGCAGUCUAUAUUACUCCAUGGAGCAAAGACAAUUGUGGACAGGAAGAUCAGUGCAACAUCCAUCCAUUAUGACAAUGAAGCCAUUGAGAAUCUCCUCAAGUUAGACCCUUCCACUGGUGAGAAAUGCUCGUCGGAUGAUAACGGUUAUCUUGGCAGCAUUGUGAGCUUUGCUCAUGGCGUCGAGGAUGAAGCACCUUCUUCCCCAAAGGUUGAGGAUCUGAAAGUUCUCAAGCCUGCUACUCCCAAGGUUGAUCUCGGCCGUGGGAAGAGGCAAAGGAAAGUCGUGAACUACGCUGACGAGGUUGAGAAUGAAGACAGUGAUGAUAUGUAUGCCCCGGAAGGUUCGUCGACUUCCGAAUUCAGCAGUUCGUCCUCCGAUGAUGAAACUGACAGCGCUCUGCAGCUGCAAAUAGUUACAGUACCGGACAUUGAUGCAGAUUAGGUGUACAACUCUGUUUCUUACUUUCUGUUUGCGUCUUUGCCUUUUGGGACCCUUGCCUUUUUAGUGAAGGGAUGGAAAUAGAAGGAAGCUUUUGGAUAGGAGCAGUAUAUAUUUAAAGGUUGAAGUUACAAGUGAGGAGGUCGAUGUAGCUAUUUUGGGUGUUGAACUGUACCACCUUAUGCAGAAACCUGAUGAUGCUUGAUGGAAAUCCAUUAGACAGCGUCCUUGCUGCACUGGUCUUGGAA